AUGACAGUCACCGCGCUAUCACUUGACGACAAGAAAGCUGCUCUGCUUGCUCACGUCGUCGAACAAAUCGAAAAGAACGUCACAUUCUUGGUUUCCGAGGAUUACCUUCCGGAGGCAAAUGCCUCAGCAUUCCUGUCCACUCUAUCGAAUAUUAGCUACCAGCAGUUCGAGAAGAUCACCACAAGGACGAUGGCCCCUCCACAGCCCACUAGGCGACCUAGCGGCGGAGUACCUACACCAUUCGCGACCGUUUCACCUUUAUCUACGCCGCCUGCGACACCCUCGCUACCUCCACGGUCCGCUCCUAGACAGGUCUCGACAUCAUUUACGACUGAAACUCCACGUGCGACACCUUCCUUACCCGCUACCACAGUUUCUCAAUUCACCACUUGCCGGGCGAUCUGGGGCUUUAAUGAAAACGGGGAGAGCUCUGAUGAACUUUCAUUUACCGCCGGUGAAAUCAUCGAAAUUGUCGAAGAAAGUUCCUCAGAUUGGUGGUUGGGAAGAGUGAAUGGAACGGAGGGUUUGUUUCCUUCGAGCUACGUUGAUAAGCUCCAAGUAGGUGCUACCGCUGGACGGCUACCUCCUCCCAAACGAGCGGCUCUUGCAGAACCCAAUCGCUACUCAAAUACGAGGUUUGCUCAGCGACGUCAAAUGAAUGAUGACCGUUGA